UGCGGACCCACCGUAGAUGGGUGGAAAGGUGUAUAUAUGGGGCUGAGAUUUUUGGUUGAGGCAUCAUUGUACAUUUCACCAAGUAGUGAGUGGUCAACGUACCCCAGAUUUUAGCCAUGUUUCGUCUAUUGGUCCUUGCUUGCACAGUAUCACUAACCUUAGCACAAUAUCAACCACAAUAUCAACAAGCUCGAUACCAACAACUCCAAUAUCAACAACAACAACAGCCACAGUAUCAACAGCAACAACAACAGCCACAGUACCAACAAGUUCAAUACCAACCAGCAGUGCCCACUGCUGCUCAAUAUCCUGCUGGAGUGGACGCCCAAUCCUGUCCAAACUAUCCCGAUUGUGCUAAUCCUCUGUUGGCCUUACAAGCAGUAGCCAAAGCAUCCGAUCCACGUUAUCAAGCUGAAGUAAGUCCAAAGGCACCACAAGCUCUGCACCAACCUCAACAUGAAUAUUCUCCAGAAGUGCAACAGAAACUUGACCGUGGUGAAUACAUAGGCGAUGGUGACUAUCACGGUGAAGGACUAGAUGAAGCUCAAGCUCCAGAAACAGCAGUUCGUUCUGGAUACGCUCUACAACAGCAACAAGCAGGCCAGUACCCCGCUCAGCAAGCCGCCUCUCAAUACUCCGCCCAACCUGGAGCAGUUCAAUAUCAAGCGCAAAUUGCAGCAUCUCAAUACGCAGCUCAACCUGGAGCUGUUCAAUAUUCAACGGCUUCUCAAUAUGCAGCUCCAGCCGGAGCCGUUCAAUAUCCAGCACAAAUAGCAGCUUCUCAAUACGCAGCUCGGCCUGCAGGUGUUCAAUAUCCGGCUCAACGUGCGGCAUCUCAGUACGCAGCUCAACCUGGGGCUGUUCAAUAUCCGGCUCAACGUGCGGCAUCGCAGUACGCAGCUCAACAGCCCAGAUACAUAACAGCUCCUCAAGGCAGAUACUACCAGCCUCAAGCUCGUGCUUCUUUGUUCACUCCACAGUAUCAACCAGCUCCGGUGCACGAUAAUGCUUUGGCUUCCGCUUCUGAGCCUGAAAGUUCGGUGCAAUUGCCUGCCGGUAUCGAUGCUAGUUCUUGUCCGGAUUAUCCUUUUUGUCAAUCCUAAGAAUUUUUCUGAUUGUUAGAUAGAGAGUUUUAUAUUUAUU